UACCUCCACACACACUCACACAAGCAUGUUUUCAAAGUUCAGACAGCUCAAAUGGACUCCCAGGAAGAAAAUGCCGCUCACAAGAUCACUGCUGACAAACAGAUCUAGAAGGCUCUGCUUUAGUUGUUAACGGCGGGAGAGGACACCGGUUUUAGACAGACAUUCCCAUCCAGUGAUUCAUUCUAAUAUCAGCACACUGGACAUUUGCAUUAGUAGAGAAGAGCCAUGAAGAAAUUUUUUUCUUGCUCGACAUCUCCUCUGGGCGCAGAGAGGUGGGGAAAGGAUGAUCAGAAGCUUCUUAAAGCAGUAGACAAAGGAGAUGUGAACAAGGUCUCAGCAGUCCUUUCUCGGAGAACUAUAAAGCCCACCAAACUUGAUGAGCAAGGGCGUUCAUCGUUUCACAUGGCAGCAAUGCGAGGUGCUGCCGAGUGUCUAGAGCUGAUGCUGACUCACGGAGCAGAUGUUUACGCUAGAGAUGACAAUGGCUGUAGUGCUCUUCAUCUUGCUGCAAAAUAUGAGCAACCUGAUUCCAUUAAAGCUCUCAUUCAACAUGGAAUCCCAGUGGAUUUAACAGACAACAUUGGACGUACAGCUUUGCAUUACACUGCUCAGUCAGGAUGUGUACCAUCAUCAUCUUUAUUAUGCAGUAAUGGAGCACCUGUUAAUAAGCCUGACAGGGACGGACUGACAGCACUCAUGAUAGCUGCUCAAGAAAAUCAGCAGAGUGUCUGUGAAGAACUACUGCAGCAUGGAGCAGAUGUCAACACCACUGAUCACUGGGGCAGGACAGCCCUAAUACUGGGAUGCAUGUCAGCCUCUGUGCAGGCUGUGGCAGUGCUGCUUAGGCAUGGAGCUGAUUCUGAGGCUGUGGACAGCAUGGGUCUUGAUGCCGCUCACUAUCUGAAGGUAUCUGGAAGUAAAGAAAUUGUCAGCUUGCUGCAGAAAGGACAACAAAAAUUCCAAGCAGCAGGGAGUUCUGAUGAAGAGUCCUCACAUCUGUCACAGAAAGCAUGCAAUACUACAGAAGAGAUUAAAGUGAAUUCAGCAAAUAGAGGCUUGGUCUCUGAUAGCCACAGCAAAAGACUUGAAGAGGACAAAGUGGCAGUAGAAGAGGAAGUCCAUGUUGCAAAGUCUCCGAGAAAGGACUUGACAUGUUCCACAGACUCUGAAAGACAGAGGCAAGAAGAAGAAUGGACAGCAACAAAAAGACUUCGAACAGAACUUUCUUUAAAAAGACAGGAGUGUGAAUACCUAACAUCUGAGAUUGAGGCCUUAAGAGGCCAACUAUGGCAACAAACCCAGUCUUUGAGUCUGCUUUUAUUGAAUGAAGGGGUGAAGAUAGUGAACUGCACUGAUGCAGAAGAAGGAGAAGGAGAAGGUGAACUAAUCUACAGUGUUCUGAUGGAGAGAUUAGCCAGGCUGCUUGAGGAGAAGAAACAGCAGGUCUGCAGAUAUAUACAGAAAGGAGAAGACACUUCUGGAAAGAACAGGAGACAUAGAGAGAGUGUAGAGGCUGUCGAUGUACAACAACACCAGGAAGUCUUGAAUAAGCUAAAAGUGGCACUGGAGGAUAAAGCUAAUUCGGAGAAGCGCAUUUUAGAGAUUGAAGGUCAUCUUGACAAUAUGCGGGCAGUGCUGUCCCAAUAUGAAACUCGCAAAAGGAUGCAAAGCAGUGUCAUUGAGGAGUUGGAAUUACAGGUAUCUGAAUCUGCUGCAGAAAAUGAAACGCUGAAGGUGAAGCUGCAAGAGCUCCAGAGCAUGUUAGAGACUGAAAGACACAUAGUAGAGGAGAGCAUCUCUUAUCAGGAGUACAGAAAAGGAAAAGACGCUCUAGGUGGUACCAUUUUAGAACUGCGUGGGUUGCUCUCUGAAAUGAGGGUGAAUUAUUCUGAAGCCCUGAAGGAGAAGGAGGAAAAAUGCUGUGAGAUUCAACUACUGCAGUCGGAGCUUGACAGCCUCAAGCAAAGACUUCAAUCAGACUUCAUCCCAGUUGACGAUUAUAGAAGGAGGAAGAAAUCAUGGGAAGGAACUGUAAAUGAGCUGGAAAAGUUAGCGUUAAAACUGAGUGAUGACAAUCGGAAUCUUCAAAAUCAAUGGACAGAUUCAAAGGAAGCAAAAGAAAAUGAGAGUGAUUUAAGAAUUGCCAGUGCAGGGAAAGAAGUGGCACAGACACAAGACAGAGCUGAUGCAUUGUCUAAAGAUCAGGAAUUCAUUCAAGGAUUAUUUUCUUUUCUUUUCAACACUCUAGAACAGAAUGCCUAUGACAUGCAGAUGAGUCAUUCCGAAGUCCAGAGGUCAAUGGAACCAAAUGAAUCUACCUCCUACCCAAAAGCCAAAACUGAAGAUUUUAAAAAAAGGACAACCAUAAAUCUAGAAACUAAUAUACUGGAAGGUCUGCAGAGUUAUAUGGAUUCUCCAGAGUUUGUAAAAAAGGAAACACAAAAUUUUUGUUUUGCAAGCACAAGUGUAAAAGAUGAAACAAAUUCUCGAAAAAAAGCAUUCCUAAAUGAUGGGAAAAUAUUGGAUGAUGAUGAGAAUAAUCUAAAACAUGUUAAUCAAAAGUUAUCAAGUACUUGUAAAACAGAAACAGCACUUGCCAAUGCAAUCUCUGAGAAUGAGAGACUGAAAGAGCAUAUUGUAUCUCUGGAAGAAGACCUGGCUGUAGAACAACAGGUGUCAAAAAAACUGCAGUCCAACUUAGAAGCUCAAAAAAAUGAAAUUCGAGCACUACAGGAAGCCUUCCCACCUGAAAUACUGAAAGAAGACAACAGGGAACAGGGAAUGGAGCGAGGAAAUGGGGACAAAUUUGAUUCAGAUAUAAUAGAAGAGCUAUACUGGAACAUUGGUUGCCUGGUCAAACGGUACCAAGAAUGUGAAUCCAAAGUAUGGACUGCAAAAUUCCAGGAGAAAGAACAUAUUAAUAAAUCAACACAGACAAGCCAGGAGAUUCAGUCCUCUGAUACAUUAGCAUCAGAGUUUUCUGAGGCAUUGACAAAAAUCAAAGAACUAGAGAUAGACUUAGGAAAAUGUAAAAAUGAGACUGUCAGUAAAGAAGCACACAUGAAAGCCAUAUCCUCUUUGGAGAUAAAAGUAAACAGUCUGACAGAAGAGAUUGAAUUAAUGGAAGGACAUCUGGAGAAGGGAAAAACUGAACUUAGCUGUCUCCAAGAUGAGUUGAACCACACCUACAAAGAGGUUACAGCACUGGAAGCUAGAGAGAGGCAAAGGCUUGAAGAAACUGCAUCUUUAGAAAAACAAGCUCAAGUACAAGUGAUGGACCUCUUACAGAAAUAUGAGCAGUCCCUGCAAGAAACGGCUUCCUGGAAAGACUGCGCACAAAAGGAAUUGGACUUGAGCCAAGAAAUGAAGAAUAGGGUGUCAGCUUUGGAAAGACGAGCAGAUGAGGCAGAGUAUGAAACACAGAGGAUGACUGACAGAGUGCUCCAAAUGCAAACACAGGUGGAACAAUGGGAAAAAAAAUACAAGGAGAAACAGUAUGAGAACACUAAUUUACAGGAACAGCUAGAGAGACUGAUGAACCUGAACACAUCAUUUCAACAAGAAGUAGCAAGUCUGCAGAAUCACUUAGAGGUACUACAAACACAACACCAAGAAGUAAUAUCUGUUUACCGAUACCACCUUCUGAGUGCUGCACAGGGUAUGAUGGACAAAGAAAUCCAUCUGAUGUUGCUGAAGAUUCACAACCUACAGAGAAAAAUAAUCUACUGAAAGCAGGUGGCUCACUGUUGCUGUUGAGAACUUUUGUAUUAAUACUUCCAUAAGUAUUGCACCUUAUUGCCAAAAAUAUAAUGAAAAUUGUGUAAUGCUUGAAGAAACUGGCAAAGAGAAGAAAGCUAAGAGAAGAAACCCUUGAGAAUGUGCAUAAUAAUUUUUCCUACAUAACCACAGCUGAAAAUUGCUUUCAUUUUUGGAGCAGUCAACAUAUGAAAAUGUGAACAAUGCGACAAGGCAUCUGGAAUGUACUCUCCUGAGGGUAGUAAAGAGCAUAAAUAUUUUAUUGCUGUAAAUCCUCAAACUCUGUGUACAUGUUUAGGAAAAAAUUAUUUCAUCACUGUUUCAUCAAACAGACCCUUUUCAAACUCCCUAAGAUAAACCAGAGGAAAUUAAAUUUUGAGAUUUGCAAAACACAAGUAGGAAGGGGUUUGUAUGUGCAUCAAACAUUGUACUGUAGAAUCUUAGAAAGGAAUGCAAAUUAGAAUAAUGAAUUACUUCCUGAGCUUUUGCUGAGCAAUAAUUAAUUGAAGUAAAAAGAAAGGAUUUUAACAAGUUAUAAGUUUUUGGAUAAUAAAAGAAUGCAAAACAUAAGCAAUAUAAUGACAUUUAAAAUCAUUGAUCUAUCAAUUUUCUUAUUCAACCAUUAAAGAAUUUAGGGUUUAACCCAGUAUAUUACUGGGAACAUGGCAACAACCUGUUAUGGAUGGAAUACAGGCCAGUCACAGGGCUCAGUCAAUCAUAUCAGAUAAAUUCAGAUAUGCCAUUUAAAAUUGUCAGGUAACCUUUUCUGUUCUGAUAAAACUCUCACAAGCAGAAUAAGAAAACCACAUACAGGCAAUGAAAAGGCUGGCAGUGGACAUUCUUCUUCUUCUUUCGGCUGCUCCCAUUAGGGGUUGCCACAGCGGAUCAUCUUCUUCCAUAUCUUUCUGUCCUCUGCAUACAAACCUAGAACUGUAAGGCAGUAUUCUGUAUGCCAGUACCAUCAUAAAUCAGCAUACUGCCCAAAUUCUUACAAUAUUCUCUUAAUCCAACCAAGAGUAGAUCUUUCAACUUUGCAUACAAAGCAAAAGCCAUACCUGAAGAAGACACCAGUCCACUGCAGAGUGCACUCAUUCAUACAUCUGCACUCCAUUAUAUUGGGUGAAACAAGAGUUGUCAAUAAACCUAACCUGCAUAGCAAACAUUGAUAUGCAGAAAAUGUAUGAGUUAAAUUUUAAAUGGUUUGCAUCUAAAAAAAAAAAUAAAUGUUUAUAUAAACCUGUAUCCACCCAUGCAUUUUUCUAACCUGGGCAAAGGUAUGGAGGACCUGGAGGUUAUUCUAGCAAUCAUUAGAAGCAAAGCAAAAACAACACUUGGACAAGGCAGGGUGAACACACAUGGGCCAAUUUAGCAAUGCCAGUUCAUGUAUAACCGGCAUGUCUUUGGACUGUGAGAGGAAACUAGAGCACCCAGAAGUAACCCAUUUGGACAUGGGGAGAACAUGCAAACUCCACACAAGGAGCACCCAGGAUGCAAACCCCUGCCUCCUUACUGAAAGACAGCAGGACUAGCACCAUAAUGCCCCACAUAAUAUAUACAUGUUAUCAUUUUUAUUACUACUACAUUUCACUGACAUUCUUGUCCAAGGCUACUUACAAACUUCAACAUACAUAAAGCACAGUCAACUUAAGUGACUUAUGAACACACAACGAGUCACAGCCUUCAACUUUAUAUAUACUAUACUAUAUACUAUAACUAUAUGGAAGAGAAGGUCUGUGAUACGGUUUGCAGAUUUGCAACUGGA